GGUAUGCUUGCUAUUAUAUUAUUUAUAUUAAUUAAUUAGCAGUAAGGGGUUGACUGCUAAAAUUCGAUUCAACCCUAGCUCGCUUGAAGGACACGACGUCGGUUUUAGAGCGGCAAAUCUGAAAGUGGCGUUUCUCUAAAGAAGUCGAUUGCGGCUACAUUGCAGUGCUUCCACGGACUCACGUGCACGAGUUAUCUAACUACAUCACAGCAAACAUGCAAUCAGACUUGACUCAUUCAACUUCAGCAAAGAAUCCGAUAUCAUGCAUUACUGUUCUUGAUAUCAAGCUUCAUAAAGGACACAAUCUUAACAAAACGUUCUGGCAGAAAGUCAAAAGCCUGGGAUUUGAUAACACUAUAGACCCAUACAUAUCUUUUGAGGUCACGGAGCCUUUGUCAACGGCUAACAACGCCAUACAGAAAUCGUCCAUCAAAGAGAACAAUGAAAAUCCCAUUUGGGAAGAAGAAAUAACCAUUCCUGUUGACAUCUCUAAACCAGGUCGACUACAAAUGACUUUGUGGGAUUCCAAUUUGUUGUCUGAUAGCCAAAUUUCUUAUCCCGUUUUUGUGGAUCUGAAUGGCUUGGCCGUCGGUGCUAAGUAUCAGCGACAGACAGUGAAAAUACACAAAACUGGUUCCAUUGAAAUCUCUCUACGUUUGCGAAGAGAAGAGUUUGCACAUGAUGAAAUUGACUAUUGUAGUCUGAAGAGUACGAAGCAAAAUGCUUUUGACGAGGCAAGCAAUACAUAUAUCAUGAUUUUUAUUCUUUCACACGCAUAG